AUGGAUGACACAGGUAUGCCCCUCAAUGCUGAGUGGCAUCCAGAUUUGCGCUUUGUAGGUUCCCCGGUCCUCAGAAAUGCAAGGAUCCCAACAAGAAAUCUCCAGGACACGAUGACCACCUUGCCUGUCGUCCUUGAGUUUGCUGCUUUCCUGGGUGACGAGGCCAACGCCGACGCAAGGAUCGCCGCCGAAUUACCCUCGCCAGACGAGCCUCAUCCUACCGACCAGCAGCUUCAGCCUACAACGACCCUGACAAGUAAUCUCCAGGACAUGGUGACCACCUUGCCUCUCAUCCAUGAGUUUGCUGCUUUCCUGGAGGACGAGGCCAACGCCGACGCAAGGACGCAGCUUCAGCCUCAUCUGGCAGCCCAACGUCUGGUUCAUGUAUUUGAUGAUUUCAUUGAUCCGAUCCUGCGGGUUGGGGGCGCUUACUUCACCCAUCCGAUGAUGAACAGUCUCCAUAUACCUUGCGUCCCUCUUGAUCUUAUCACUGGAGACGUCGCACCACUCUACAGGAAGUAUUUCCAACCCAUGGGGCCGCAACUUCUCAACCAUUGGAUCCACGACACGACAACAGGGGCCCAUAUUAGAGAAUACAAGGCUCGUGUUGGUAUCGACCUACAGCACGAAAACAAUUACGCUCAGGCCAUGUCCAUUUGGAGGAACGGGGUCGCUGCCUUCCUCUCGGCUGGCGAGAAUCACAACCAUCUCCCCAACCUCGAUCCCGCACUUACUCCGUGGAGAGUGUUCAACAACGGCUACAUCCAGCUCCAACGUCGCGAGGGGAACGGUACGAACUGGAGCGCCGAGGCCAUCUUCCACUUCUGCACCGAAGACGGCCUGCCAGACGAUACAAGGCCACACGUCGUCGCCUUCGUAGCAGACGAGGCCCCCUUGAUGGAAGGCAUUCCGUCUACAAGUGCCGUGCAGGCAGCCAUGUGGCUCGCCGGAAAUGCGGCAGCACGAGACGGCGGGCGCAAUCACAACAUCUUCCCUGUUACGGUUAUUUGCUGCUCUGGACACAAAGCCCGUAUCGUGCAGGUGGUUAUCAAUCUCUUCCGCAGCGAAGUCCAGAUACGCCUGUCCGAGAUUGUCGACUUCCGCGACCCUUCCCACGGGGACUGGAUAGCCUUCCUGCGCUUCCUGUGCUGGUUCCUUCCCGAUCCUAUCGGUGACACCAAUGUUCCGUAA